CAGAAUGACAGUCUGCAGAAGUGAGCUGAGCCGUGAGCAUGGUUCAGGGCUCUCCUGUCUUCUCGGCACCAUCGCAUCUCUGUGGCUGAACUAGGCGCUUACACAAGAAUUGCUGGGCUAUGGAAUACAGAUGUGGCUGCUCAGGUAGUCCCACGUUGCCUGGAAGGAUACAUCACGCGUUCCGAUAAGAAGAAAUUGUAGAAGCCAGUUUUUUUUUUUUUUUCUAACCACCCCCCACCUCCUCCAAAAAGAAAAAAAAAACUGUAAAUAUGCAAAAACGUAAUAUCCAUGAAGAUCCUAUUACCUAGGAAGAUUUUGGUGUUUUGCUGCGAAUGCGGUGUUGGGAUUUAUUUGUUCUUGGAGUGUUCUGCGUGGCUGGCAAAGAAUAAUGUUCCAAAAUCGGCCCAUCUCCCAAGGGGUCCAAUUUUUCUUCCUGGGUGUCAGCGAGCCCUGACUCACUACAGUGCAGCUGACAGGGGCUGUCAUGCAAGUGGCCCCCUAAAGCCAAAGCAAAAGACCUAAGGACGACCUUUGAACAAUACAAAGGAUGGGUUUCAAUGUAAUUAGGCUACUGAGCGGAUCAGCUGUAGCACUGGUUAUAGCCCCCACUGUCUUACUGACAAUGCUUUCUUCUGCGGAACGAGGAUGCCCUAAGGGCUGUAGGUGUGAAGGCAAAAUGGUAUAUUGUGAAUCUCAGAAAUUACAGGAGAUACCCUCGAGUAUAUCUGCUGGUUGCUUAGGUCUAUCUCUCCGCUAUAACAGCCUCCAAAAACUUAAGUAUAAUCAAUUUAAAGGGCUCAACCAGCUCACCUGGCUAUACCUUGAUCAUAACCAUAUCAGCAAUAUUGACGAGAAUGCUUUUAAUGGAAUACGCAGACUCAAAGAGUUGAUUCUGAGUUCCAACAGAAUCUCUUAUUUUCUUAACAAUACCUUCAGACCGGUGACAAAUUUACGGAACUUGGAUCUGUCCUAUAAUCAAUUGCAUUCUCUGGGAUCCGAACAGUUUCGAGGCUUGCGGAAGCUGCUGAGUUUACAUUUAAGGUCUAACUCCCUGAGAACCAUCCCUGUGCGAAUAUUCCAAGACUGCCGCAACCUGGAACUCUUAGACCUGGGAUAUAACCGGAUCCGAAGUUUAGCCAGGAAUGUCUUUGCUGGCAUGAUCAGACUCAAAGAACUUCACCUGGAGCACAAUCAGUUUUCCAAGCUCAACCUGGCCCUUUUCCCGAGAUUGGUGAGCCUUCAGAAUCUUUACUUGCAAUGGAAUAAAAUCAGUGUCAUAGGACAAACCAUGUCCUGGACCUGGAGCUCAUUACAAAGGCUUGAUUUAUCAGGCAAUGAGAUUGAAGCUUUUAGCGGACCUAGUGUUUUCCAGUGUGUCCCCAAUCUGCAGCGCCUCAACCUGGAUUCCAACAAGCUUACAUUUAUUGGUCAAGAGAUUUUGGAUUCUUGGAUAUCCCUCAAUGACAUCAGUCUUGCCGGGAAUAUAUGGGAAUGCAGCAGAAAUAUUUGUUCCCUGGUAAACUGGCUGAAAAGUUUUAAAGGUCUGAGGGAGAAUACAAUUAUCUGUGCCAGUCCCAAAGAGCUGCAAGGAGUAAAUGUGAUCGAUGCAGUGAAAAACUACAGCAUCUGUGGCAAAAGUACCACAGAGAGGUUUGAUCUAGCCAGGGCUCUCCCAAAGCCAACGUUUAAGCCCAAGCUCCCCAGGCCGAAGCAUGAGAGCAAGCCCCCUUUACCCCCCACAGUGGGGGCCACAGAUCCUAGCCCAGAGACGGAUGCUGACACGGAGCAUAUCUCUUUCCAUAAAAUCAUCGCUGGGAGCGUGGCCCUUUUCCUGUCUGUGCUCGUCAUUCUGCUCGUUAUCUACGUGUCAUGGAAGCGGUACCCAGCGAGCAUGAAGCAGCUGCAGCAGCGCUCCCUCAUGCGAAGGCACAGGAAAAAGAAAAGGCAGUCCCUAAAGCAAAUGACUCCCAGCACCCAGGAAUUUUAUGUAGAUUAUAAACCCACCAACACGGAGACCAGCGAGAUGCUGCUGAAUGGGACGGGACCCUGCACCUAUAACAAAUCAGGCUCCAGGGAGUGUGAGAUACCUUUAUCAAUGAAUGUGUCAACCUUUCUGGCAUACGACCAGCCCACAAUAAGUUACUGUGGGGUGCAUCACGAACUUCUCUCUCAUAAGUCCUUUGACACGAAUGCACAGGAAGAUACUAUGGAAACACACCUAGAGACUGAGCUGGACCUGAGCACAAUCACAACAGCCGGCCGAAUCAGUGAACAUAAACAGCAGCUGGCUUAACUGAGUAAAUUGGUAGUCAAGGUUUGCCACCAAACUGUAACCUCAAGAACAAAAUGAGGAAGAUGUGUUCAUUGUGGACUUAAAAACAAAACAAAACAAAACCCCCCUGUUCAAAUAAACAAAAAUCCAAGAUGAUUCAUGAAAUAAAGAAGACACGAAUUGUUUCAAGUCUACACUUUGUAAUUAGCUAAGCUGUGCAGUAUUUUUUUGACUUAAAGAAUGACCCUGAAAAAAAAAAAUCUUUUUCAAAACUCAUCCUACCUACCUGUAAAAACUGUACAGAGCUAAUGUAUUUUUCAUAUUGUAAAGUUUCAAUUAUAGAAACAACUGGUAUGUAUAGUACCAUAAUUUAAUUACAAUUUUACUUUAAAAACUUUACAUAUUUCAGUUUCUAAAAUUUUAAAUUAAUGAAAAUUAUUUCUUGUGUUAUUCAGAGUUACUCAGUUUUGUAGGGACUGUUUUGUUACUGCUUUUGUGCCCAGAGAACUUUACUCUAAAAUUCUGUGCUGUGCAAAACAUGCACGAUUUUUAUCAUGCUUACUGCGUAGAAUUUUAUCUACUUGUUCCAGAAAUAAUACAUUAACCAAAAAGGGUUUAAGUGUUCAGACUUGUAAGAGGUUCUUCAAUUACAUAGACAGGUUUUUCUUAUAAAUGGAAAAAAAAAAAUUCAAAGGUUUUUUAACAACUCUUCUCAGUCUUAACUGUUGCCUUGAAUUACAGCCUAGUUUCUAAGCAGUGAAAUGUAAUGAUAAAGAGGGAUAUUUUAACAACAUAUUUCUGAAUGAAUGACUCAUUAUUUCAUUCUUUUCAGUAACCCAUUGUAAGGGUAGAAGGAAGCAUGGACAAAAACAUCACUGGAAACAAAGGCCGUAACCACAGCAACAGACUUUGAUACACUUAAAAGGUGCAACUGCCAGUGACAAAGAAAAACUUUUGUUACAUCUCAUUAUCUUUAGGCCAAGGUGGGAGGAUAGUGCAUAAUAAUUAUACAGUAGCAAUUUUUCUCUUAAUUAACCCAAAGUGGUUUACCUAAAAAAAACAUCAGUUAGUGCAAAAUGUGCCUGACUUUUAAGGCAACUUUUCCUGUGGAAUUGUGAGGCUAUAUUUUGGGAACAUCUCAAAGGAAAUAUAUGAUAUUUUUACAUUGUGUGCUACAUCAGUUUUCUGCUGUGGGUGAACUUUAAAGCCCUACAACUCAUUCAAUUCACGUAUGAGCCAUGGUAAAAAACUUUUGUCACUCAAAGUAGAUUGUAUACAUCCUUAAUAUUUUCUAAAUGCAAUCCAUGAUAGGAUUCACUUCCAAAUUAUUUGAAAAAAACUCAAAAUAAUUUGACACCAACUCUGACCAUAUUGAUUGUGCAAUUAUAUUAUAAAGAUAAUUCAAAUUGAAUUAAGAAAACUUGAUGUUUCAGCUGCUGAAAUAAUCAGUUUGUUUCUGUUGUUUGCUUGACACAGACUAAUGCUUGAAAAUACUACCAUUUUAUCUAUAGUAAUCACACUAUUCUUUUUGGUUUGUCUUUUAACAUAAAACUGCAAGUUUCAAUUUCUGUUGCACUAGGAGAAUCACAUUUUUAUGUGUGGUUAUUUUAGAUUCAUGAAAUAAAAACAUAUUGUCAAUCUAACAAGGGUCAAAAGCAACUGAAAACAGGAGAAAAUAAUUUUCAAAAAGUAAUGCCAAACUACUUUUUUUAUUUCUUUCAAAAUUACUACUACAAAAAUUUAGUUUUAUGGAUGGUUAUCACAGCAAAUUUAAGAGCAGCUUCAAGAAGAAUGAACUUUAAAAUGUAGGGAAAAAUUUGUUGCAAAUAUCAGAGAAAAAGAUGCAAAAUGUUUGAAGAAGCAAACUAUUACUAAUUUAAAUGAAACUAAAUGUCAAACAUAGUACUUGUAUAGACUACUUAGCAUCCCAGGUUUUGUAACAUAUUUCACAUAAAUUAUUUGCUAUUCAAAUUUUUGUCAUUUUAAGUCUAAUUUUAAACUCUAUAGUUUUUCCAUUUUCUAAUUUCUUUGUAAUGUGUCUUUCUCAAAGUAUUCUUAAUCCCCAUUGUUGAGAUUUUGUUUGGCCCACUUAGCAAGUUUAUAGAAGGUUAGUUGUGAAUCUAUUAUUUGUGGGUCAAAAAUUAGAUAUAAUCGUUUAUUUGUGAUGUAAAGCAAAAUUUCAAUUUGCAUUUUUUUUUCCACUAGAAGUUCUCCUUGCUAAGAAUCAAAAGGAAGAAUUAAUUUGUGUAAAUACACACUGGUCACCUAUUUCGAGACAUUUUCAAAAUUGAUAAAUGUUUUUAGAAAUUUUAAGGUUCCAGAGAGCCUCACAAAUGUAUGCCCUUGGUUUCCUGAAGCAAAACAGUCUAAGUUCACCUAAAAUGAACAAAUUGGUAAAUAGAAGCAGUUUACGUGGAACCAUAGCUCUGCACAUAAAAGGCCUAAAUUAUAGCAAGAGCCAAAUAAUCUAAGAAUUUUGUGUUUUCUCAGAUUUGAAAUUAAAUCAAAAAGGUCUUCACAAGAAGAAAAAAGAUUCUAGGUUACUUGGUUGCCUAAUUUUUAUUCCAUCAUGUCCAGUGUGAAAAACCACUAGAGGAUCUAUUUGAGUCUGGAUUCUUUCUCUGUCAUAUGUUUUGCAACUUGUAUCAGUCUGUUUCUAAAUUAUUUCUGAUUUAUCUUUUUCAGCACCAGUAAUCUCCCCUUUCUUCCCUCUAACUACCCUUCCCCAUUUUUCCCUUCCUGUCUUUUGUUCACCUAUUCAAACAACUGAAACACUGACCUGCGUUUGGAGUUGAAAAAUGGAGAGCUUGACCCAUCAUGAUUACAAUAACAGCUGCAACAAAUAAUAAAGUUAUGCAGUGCUUUGAGGUUUACAAACCGCAUUUCACAUAAAUCAUCUCAUUUUGUCUUCAUAGCAACCCUAUGAAGACAUAUUUAUCUCAAAGAAUUUGAGACCUCACUCAAGAACACAGGGUUAAUAAUUCAUGGAGUUGAACCACUGUUGUCUAAAUCCAAAGUCUGUUAGUGUUUCUACUAUAUAAAAAGCUGUCUGGUCUCUGAUAAGAGCCAGAGAAUUUCUAAAGAGAAAAGUGGACAAAAUGAAAAGAUGACAUGUGUAGUAAUACUUAUUUUAACUUCAGUUUCUCUAUCUGUAAAAUACAUGGACUCAUGAACUUUCUUUUUUUGUAAGCUACUCUGGAUUCUCACAUUAAAUCUCUUAGCUCAAAAAAAAAAAAAAAAAAAGGCAAGCCACAAAUUCCUUAA